AUGUCCACUGAUCACACUUCUGCCAAACAUUCUUCUGUCCAUCAACGGAUGAACGCCGACUUCGAAAAGUAUCCCCGGUACUGCAAAAGGUGGAGCAAUGAUGACAUUCACAGGCAUGCAUUGGCUAAAAGCCGUCGCAUGGCUAUGCGGAGACCGGCUUACAUGUUUAACGCCCGUUACAACAAUCUAUCCCCAACUGAAGAGCGUUUCCUAGAAGCAGCCGAAUAUGGAAAUAUCCCUGUCAUUCGUAGGAUGCUAGAAGAACUCCCAGAACUUAAUGUCAACUGUGUGGACUACAUGGGCCAGAAUGCAUUGCAACUCGCGGUUGCCAAUGAGCACCUUGAAGUAACAGAACUCUUGCUGAAGAAGGAGAAUCUGGCUAGGAUAGGUGAUGCUCUGCUUUUAGCCAUAAGUAAAGGCUACAUUCGUAUUGUGGAGGCCAUUUUGAGCCACCAGGCUUUUGCAGACACAACCAAACUCACCAGCAGCCCUCUUCAGGCUGAGACACAAGAUGACUUUUUUGCUUACGACGAGGACGGCACUCGGUUUUCACAUGAUAUCACACCCAUUAUAUUAGCUUCUCAUUGCCAUGAAUAUGAGAUAGUGCACAUUCUCCUAAGGAAGGGUGCCCGCAUUGCGCGCCCACAUGACUACUUCUGCAAAUGCAACAGCUGUCUUUAUCACCAGAGGCAUGACUCUUUUAGCCACUCACGCUCCCGAAUCAAUGCCUACAAAGGGCUGGCAAGUCCAGCUUAUCUGUCCCUGUCCAGCGAGGACCCAGUACUAACGGCUCUGGAGCUGAGCAAUGAACUGGCUGUACUUGCCAACAUAGAAAAAGAGUUUAAGAAUGAUUAUAAGACGCUGUCUAUGCAAUGUAAGGAUUUUGUAGUUGGACUUCUGGAUCUGUGUCGGAAUACAGAGGAAGUGGAAGCCAUUUUAAACGGAGACACAGAGGCGGGUGGCCACUUUGACAAGGGUGACAGACCAAAUCUAGUACGAUUAAAGCUAGCCAUCAAAUACGAGCUGAAAAAGUUUGUAGCCCAUCCAAACUGCCAACAGCAGCUUUUGUCCAUAUGGUAUGAGAAUCUGUCUGGGCUCAGGCAGCAGACCACGGCGGUCAAGUUACUGGUGGUUCUGGGGGUGGUGGUUGGACUUCCCAUCCUGGCCUUGCUGUACUGGAUAGCACCCUCAAGCAAGUUGGGGAAGAUCAUCCGUGGUCCUUUCCUUAAAUUUGUGGCACAUGCAGCAUCUUUCACAAUCUUUCUUGGCCUUCUCAUCAUGAACGCCGCUGACCGUUUCGAAGGAACUUCUCUUUUACCAAACAUGACCAUCCAUGAUCAUCCCUCCCAGCUGUUCCGCAUGAAGACCACCCCUUUUACCUGGAUGGAAAUGCUGAUCAUUUCCUGGGUCGUAGGAAUGAUUUGGGCUGAAUGUAAAGAGAUUUGGUCCCUUGGUCCUCGGGAAUAUCUGCUGGAGCCUUGGAAUUUGCUGGAUUUCGGAAUGCUGGCCAUUUUCGUGACUUCCUUCAUUGCUAGAUUUAUGGCAUUUUAUCAUGCAAAUGUUGCACAGAACUAUGUGGACAAGCGCUACACAGAUCUGUCAAACAUUACCUUGCCCCUUGAGAUAGAAUAUUAUCGCCUUGCUCGUGUCCACUGGGUACCAUCAGAUCCUCAGCUGAUCUCUGAGGGACUUUACGCCAUCGCAGUGGUUUUGAGCUUCUCUCGCAUUGCGUACAUCCUUCCAGCCAACGAGAGCUUUGGACCCUUGCAGAUCUCCCUGGGCCGGACGGUCAAAGACAUAUUUAAAUUCAUGGUGAUCUUCAUAAUGGUGUUUGUGGCCUUCAUGAUCGGAAUGUUUAACCUCUACUCAUACUAUCGGGGAGCGAAGCAGAACGGCGCCUUCACCACUGUGGAGGAGAGCUUCAAAACUUUAUUCUGGGCUAUUUUUGGACUUUCCGAGGUCAAGUCUGUCGUCAUCAACAACGGGCACAAAUUCAUCGAGAAUAUUGGCUACGUUCUUUAUGGAGUCUACAACGUUACCAUGGUUAUCGUCUUACUCAACAUGCUCAUUGCUAUGAUCAACAACUCAUUUCAGGAAAUUGAGGAUGAUGCAGAUGUGGAGUGGAAGUUUGCCAGGGCGAAGCUGUGGUUCUCAUACUUUGAGGAAGGAGGGACGCUCCCUGUGCCAUUUAACCUCAUCCCCAGCCCAAAAUCAGUCAUCAGCCUGGCUAUGAGACUCAAACGCCACCUGCUGAUUCCCCUGCACAGACACAAAGAGGACCUAAAGGAGGAUACAGAGCUCAACGAGGCUGGAAAACAAAAAGAGUCCAGUGAGAAGAAUUCACCUCAUACAAGUCGUUAUCAGAGGAUCAUGAAGCGGCUAAUCAAACGAUAUGUGAUCAAAGCACAAACCGAUAAAGAAGGAGAUGAGGUUAAUGAAGGGGAGCUAAAGGAGAUCAAGCAGGACAUCUCCAGUUUACGCUUUGAGCUCCUGGAGGAAAAGUCCCGUCAGACAGAGGAACUAGCAGAACUGGUCAGACGACUAGAAGAAAGACUAAUCAGUCAAUACAAAAUAUAGUUUUGUCUUUUGGUUCUCAUUAGAUACUCGCUAUGGUGACACAGAAUGAUUACACUGGUAUCUACUCUGUGUAAAAUCUGUUGUUUAAUAGU